CUACGCUCGCUUAUGCAAUUGAAGAUGUUAUUGGGCCUGUUGCUUACUGUGCAAUUGAACUUGACCCGAAUCAUUUCUAUCCUAAAGGGGCUGCCUGCGUAGUUUUCAGCACAAAAGAAUCGUAUAUUAAGGCGAUAGCUGCACACGAAGUUAUUCUUUCAUUUGGCUCUUUUGAACGAAAGGUCGAAUUGAAAGCGUUUCUUGCAUCAAAUAUGCCUUGUGAAAAGUGUGGAAUUACUAAUGGGACUCGUUUUUGCAAUGAAAUCAUUUGCCUCGCUUAUUACUGUGUCAAUUGCUGGAAAAUGGUUCAUGUUCGUCCUUCGAUGAGUAGCCACACCCCGUCAAAACGUCACGUUAAAGGAGGAGGAAGUGGAGAAAGCCCAACACAAUCAUAA